AUGGUGUCAGCGGCACGGACUCUAAAGGGAGGAGCCGACAGCGUGCGACUGGAGCACUUUGGAAACCGGAGGCAGGUGAAUGUUGAAGCUGCGUCAGCUCGCACGAACCCGUCUGAAUUGAACCGGGCUGAGAAUGCGCUGAAGUUCUCGAGGCUGCACCAGCUCUCAGAAGCCCCAGACCCGGGUGCAGAGAUGGUUUCUGAGGUGCCUAAAGAAUCGUCGAGGUUGCAUGAGGUCACAGGACUCCCAGGCAUGGCGGCCGAGGCGACUAUGCCGAUGGCGUGGACAAAGGAUAUGGCGAUGCUGAAUAUGCAGAGGUAUUUGAAAGCACGAGCUGACUGCGACCCGCUCAGUUCUUCAUCAUUCUCCGACUACCAGGACGAAGAUGCAUGCAGGAGGAGCGCUGCUGAGGAACUGCUGGAAUCAGGGUCUGAGGAGCAUCGGAAUUUAUCUGAGGGAGUUGCUGAGGAACUGCUGGAAUCACGUUCUGAGGAGCAUCAGAAUCUUUUUGAAGGAGUUGGUGGGGAGCUGUUUGGACCUGGUUGUGAGGCAGCUCAGAAUUCCUGCGAGGAAUCUGCUGAGGAACUGCUACUUGAAUCAGGUUCUGAGAAGCAUCAGAAUGUCUACAGAAAAGUUACUGAGGAGCGGUUUGAUUUUGCUACACCUGAUUCUCAACCUGGAGCACCACCAGUUCCGGCGACCAACAGAGGAAAUGUGGAGGAGGAAGAAGAAGCAUUGGACUUAGAAACAGAUGAAGCAGCAGAGGAGACGAUGCUUGGAAUCACAAGUCCAGCAGUAGCAGCAGCCGUCACCAUUGCGUCUGCUCCCGUAUCACCCAUUCCUGGUUUUAAUCCAAUCGAAACGUUCCUGCUGGGUGAACCACCUCAGCAGCAGCAGGUGAUUCAGCAGGAAAGGGUUUUCAACGCCUGCAGCAGUAUGCAGGGUGUAGCGGAUUGGUCAGCUGACCAGGAUGUUGCGUGUGCUAACGGAGUCAGUGCGUGUGCUAACGGAGUCAGUGCGUGUGCUAAUGGAGUCAGCACGUGUGCUAAUGGAGUCAGCACGUGUGCUAAUGGAGUCAGCACGUGUGCUAAUGGAGUCAGUGCGUGUGCUAAUGGAGUCAGCACGUGUGCUAAUGGAGUCAGUGCGUGUGCCAACUCUGCUGGCCGGCCUGGCAUUGACAACUACCAAUGCAGCUGCGUGGAUUGGGAUGGCACUGCAUUUCUUUCUUCCUUGGCUGAUUUGCUUCCUCCUGCUGCUGCUCCCGGUGCAGGAGCAGCACAGGAACCGCUUCCUCCUGGCGAUGCUCUGCCUCCUGAUGUUGUCAAUCCUGGCUGUGCCGUCGUGGCAUUGGCUGAUGGUUCCGAUUGGCUCGCUGCUGCUGAUAAUGCUAUUGCAUCAUUCCUUAUCGAGGCUGAGCUAAUGAGAAUCAAUAGAGUUCUGCUGCAGGCAGAAUCAGCACCGCACUCCACUCCUCUGUCUUCCUCCCCUAACAAACCCAGGGGCAGCGAGGCUGUGAGCACGGAAGGGUGUCUAAGACCAGACGAGCUCUUUGAAGCAUGGUGUAAUGGCUCCUUCUCCAGAGUACUUCAUGGCUUCUAG